AUGCCGUGGUUCCCGGUGAAGAAGAUCCGCAAGCAGAUCAAGCUGCUGCUCCUUCUGGUGCUGCUCACCUGCGCCGCGUGGCUCACGUACGUGCACCUGAGCCUGGUGCGCCAGGGCCGCGCGCUGCGCCAGCGGCUGGGCUACGGGCGAGACGGUGAGAAGCUGACCAGUGUGACAGACGGCAGGGGUGUCCGGGCUGCACUGUCCACGCAGAGGGCGGAGGACUCCAGCGAGAGCCGUGAGGAGGAGCAGGCGCCCAGCGGUCAGGACCUGAACAUGCUGUUUCCUGGGGGCGCUGGAAGGCCGCUCCCCCUGAACCUCACCCAUCAGGCACCCCCAUGGCGGGAGGAGUACAAGGGGCAGGUGAACCUGCACGUGUUCGAGGACUGGUGUGGGGGCGCCGUGGGCCACCUGAGGAGGAACCUACACUUCCCGCUGUUCCCGCACACCCGCACCACCGUGAAGAAGUUGGCUGUGUCCCCCAAGUGGAAGAACUACGGGCUGCGGAUCUUCGGCUUCAUCCACCCAGCGAAAGAUGGAGACAUCCAGUUCUCCGUGGCUUCGGAUGACAACUCUGAGUUCUGGCUGAGCCCAAAUGAGAGCCCGGCAGGUGCCCAGCUGGUGGCCUUUGUGGGCAAGACUGGCUCGGAGUGGACAGCGCCUGGAGAGUUCACCAAGUUCAGCUCCCAGGUGUCCAAGCCCAGGCGGCUCAUGGCCUCCCGGAGGUACUACUUCGAGCUGCUGCACAAGCAGGAUGACCAAGGCUCGGACCACGUGGAAGUGGGCUGGAGAGCCUUCCUGCCUGGCCUGAAGUUUGAGGUCAUAGGUUCUGCUCACGUGUCCCUGUACACAGAUGAGUCAGCCCUGAAGAUGGACCACGUGGCCCAUGUCCCACAGUCCCCGGCCAGCCACGUGGGGGGGCGCCUGCCUCAGGAGGAGCCCAGAGCCGACAUGCUGAGGCCAGAUCCCCGAGACACCUUCUUCCUCACGCCUCGAGUGGAGCCUUCGAGUCUGGAAAACGUGCUGGAGCCCUGCGCUUACGCCCCCACCUAUGUGGUCAAGGACUUUCCUAUCGCGAGAUACCAGGGACUACAGUUUGUGUACCUGUCCUUCGUGUAUCCUAAUGACCACACGCGCCUCACUCACAUGGAGACGGACAACAAGUGCUUCUACCGGGAGUCCCCACUGUACCUGGAAAGGUUCGGGUUCUAUAAGUACAUGAAGAUGGACCAGGAGGAGGAGGGGGAGGAAGAUGAGCAGGUGCAGCGCCGGGCCUUCCUCUUCCUCAACCCUGAUGACUUCCUGGAUGACGAGGAUGAGGGGGAGCUGCUCGACAGUCUGGAGCCCACUGAGGUGGCCCCAGCGCAGAGCAGCCGCCGACUCCCCACCCCAGCAGCCCCCACCGAAGCCAGAGCCACCCCCACCCAGCCCACGCCCCCAAGCCUGGAACACCAGCGGACCCCCUUGCGCUCCCGGGCUCUGAGCUGGGCUGCCCGGGGGGCGGUGCAUCCCCUACCCCUCCUCUUGGGCCGCGCCCCGCCCCCACGUGCUGCAGUAGUGCAGCCGCCCCCAAAGGUCUACGUGACUCGGGUGCGGCCAGGUCUGCAGGUGCCCCCUCGGGCCCUGGCACCAUUGAGCCCAGGUGGCCCGCCCUGGCCACCUUUCCCCGGUGUCUUCUUGCGCCCCAGACCUCUGCCCAGGGUGCAGCUGCGGGCACCCCCACGCCCACCCCAGUCUCGAGGCCAUAGGACAAGCGGCUCCCGGGCCACAGAGCUGAGGCCCCCCGCCCAGGCCCAGGCCACGCAGGGGAGCCGGGAGGGCCAGGCACGGCCGCUGGAACUUGCAGCACCCACUGAGAACUUGAACAUGCCAUCCGAAACCCGGCCUGUGACCUCCUUCCUGAGCUUGUCCCAGGUGUCCAGGCCACAGCUGCGGGGGGUGGAGGAGGAGGAGGAGGAAGGGGACAGUGAUGGGGCCCCUGCAGAGGAGGCUGCCUCAGAGGACAGCGAGGAGGCAGCCAGGCCCGCGCGCGGCCGCUGGCGCGAGGAUGCCAUCGACUGGCAGCGCACGUUCAGCGUGGGCGCGGUGGACUUCGAGCUGCUGCGCUCCGACUGGAAUGACCUGCGCUGCAAUGUGUCUGGGAACCUGCAGCUGCCCGAGGCCGAGGCCGUGGACGUGGUGGCCCAGUACAUGGAGCGGCUCAACGCGCGCCACAGCGGGCGCUACGCUCUCCUGCGAAUUGUGAACGUGGAGAAGCGCCGGGACUCGGCGCGUGGGAGCCGCUUCCUCCUGGAGCUGGAGCUGCAGGAGCGCGGGGGCGGCCGCCUGCGCCUGUCUGAGUACGUCUUCCUGCGACUGCCCGGGACGCGUGCCGGGGACGCGUACUGGGACGGAGAGAGUCCAGAGCCCGCUGCCACCACCUCUGCGCGGCCUGAAGGCCGCCCCGAGCUCUGCCGGCCGCUGCGCCUGGCCUGGCGCCAGGACGUGAUGGUUCACUUCAUCGUGCCAGUGAAGAAUCAGGCACGCUGGGUGGCGCAGUUCCUGGCGGACAUGGCCGCACUGCACGCGCGCACCGGGGACCCGCACUUCAGCGUCAUCCUGGUGGACUUUGAGAGCGAGGACAUGGACGUGGAGCGGGCCCUGCGCACGGCGCAGCUGCCCCGGUACCAGUACCUGAGGCGAACCGGGAACUUUGAGCGCUCGGCAGGGCUGCAAGCUGGAGUGGAUGCGGUGGAGGACGCCAGCAGCAUCGUCUUCCUCUGUGACCUGCACAUCCACUUCCCCCCCAGCAUUCUGGACAGCAUCCGCAAGCACUGCGUGGAGGGCACGCUGGCCUUUGCGCCCGUGGUCAUGCGCCUGGGCUGCGGGAGCUCUCCCGGGGACCCACAGGGGUACUGGGAGGUGAACGGCUUUGGCCUCUUUGGGAUCUACAAGUCGGACUUUGACCGUGUUGGAGGCAUGAACACUGAGGAGUUCCGGGACCAGUGGGGUGGCGAAGACUGGGAGCUCCUGGACAGGGUCCUGCAGGCGGGGCUGGAGGUGGAGCGGCUGCGCCUGAGGAACUUCUACCACCACUACCACUCCCGGCGGGGCAUGUGGGCCACACGCAGUCGGGGCCGGAAGGGCUCCCGGGUAGAGGGAUCUUGA